AAGAUGUCUGUAAUGGAAAAUAUGAGGAAAGAAAGAGGACAAUUGAUAUCGAGUCGCCGUUUUACCAGGAUAAACUACAACUGUACAAGAUGAGCGUUGUUAUUUAUCUGCUAAACGCAUUAUCGUGUCAGGAGUAUGACAGGUGUUAUGUGUUCACAUAUGACAGCAAAUGAUAGUGACUAGAAGUUAGUUGAUCUUGUGAAAUAAAACGGGGGCUAGUCGGGAACUUCUGAUUGUCAGAGUUCUCAUCCCUCUUCAACACCAUGGACGUCGUCGACUACAGAAGUGAGUUAAGGAUGUCAGCCAGAGAAGUCAAAGCCUUCCUAGACGCGGACAGAUUCACGGCUGUCGGGGACGGGAUGCAGGAUGAUGUUGAAUAUAGAUUUGUGGAUGUCCUGCUGUUUGGUGGGGCGCCUUGGGGGUUCACUCUGAGAGGGGGUCUGGAGCACCGAGAACCACUGCUCAUAACCAAGGUGGAGGAGGGUAGCAAGGCGGCGACGGUCAGCCUGCAGGUGGGAGAUGAGAUCGUCAACAUCAACACAGUUCCCAUCAGUGGAUCCAGGCAGGAGGCCAUCUGUCUGGUUAAGAGCUCCCACAAGACCCUCGCCCUGGUCGUCAGAAGGAGGAAUGAACCAGUCUCCCGGCCCCAUUCAUGGCACUCCUCCAAGUUCACAGAAGACCACCCCGAACCCACAGAGAGUCACAUAGAGCCUCCACCUGCACCUCUACCUCCACCUGUGUGGCAGGUCAAACAUGAAGUCAGUGCAUCCGCAAAAGACCUUUCCAGCAGUGGGGACCACAACUCUAAUCUACGCCAGUUAUCCAGCCAGUUCAGCUCGGUGGGGAAUAUGGAGAGAGUAGAGCGCCCCUCACACCCCUACCCACCAGGAUGCCUCUCCCCCAGCAGGUACCACCGCAGCGCUGAGCCUCUCUCUGGCGGUGGAGGGUCUGGUGGGAAGAGAGAAUCAGCCUUCAGCUGUCUCUCCUCUACCAGCCCUCCCCCGGAGCCUGCUCCGGACCUAGACAACACUAACACUGCUGGGACAGAGGGCAGCAGGUUCUAUAAGGGGGUCCAGACUCAGAGCAGUGAGGGGGGAAGGCAGGGGGAGCAGCGCCACAGCCGGUACCUCCAGCUGCCCCAGGGGGACGGAGGCUCAGAGAGCCCCAGGACAGUCCCAGAGGAGCAGCCUGGCUCCCGCUACUCCAGCUCAGGCUCUGGCAGAUCGCACAUAGGCCCUGUGUGGCACGUCCCAGAGAGGAGGAAGGUAGCAGCACCCCCCUCUCCUCCUCCUCCUCCCCUGCGCAGUGACAGCUUUGCUGCCACCAAGGUGUACCCUGCCUACACAGAGGGGCCUGGAGCUCCACCACACGGGCAGAUGAAGGCCCAGGAACGAGGGGUGGACAGGUUGGCUGAGGCCCCAGAGAACAGCAGCUACAGAGGCCGGGGGCACCAUAUCUCUCAUUACUCUCACAAUGAGAACGGGCCAGACCACAGGUGCAGUUACAACCCUCCACCCCACAAGAAAGACUUCCUCCACCCAAACAUAGCAGCAGGAGCACCUGACUACAACCACAACCAGCUCAGCCACCCAAACAAACUGUUCUCGCUGUCUAGCCAGGACGUGAGACAGAGUCAGUCUCCCUUCGCUUGCCUGCCCAACCACCAGCGGCAGUACAGCGACGAAAGCACUUUCUACCUGCAGACCAGAUCCACCCCACAUCCACCGAAGCCGCAGAGCGUCGGUAGCUACUACCACAGCCUCCAGGAGCUCCCUACCAACCUCUGUAACAGCAGGAGCCACGUAAGGUCCUCCACCGCGUCCCUGUCCACCUCGACCAUCGACCAGAACUAUGACGGCGGAGGACACAUCAGGUACUACUGCAUCACAACCAAGCAGCCAGCCCAGCCAGAGACUCGUGUUAGACAGAGCAAAGCAGAGGUCUGGAGGGCUGACAUGGAGCUUGCUAAGGGGUCCAACGACAGUGGCUCCACAAGUUCCUCCCACAAGACCAACAAGGUCAAGUAUCCUCCUCAUCCUCAGCAGCCUUACGCCGACAGCAACAGCAAGGAGCGGAACGGAAAUUUCAAACCGGACAACGUUCUGCUUUAUGAGCACACAGCCUCCUGUUCCUUAUCUGGUAAACCUACCACUGAGGAGAAGGAGAGGGAGAGGAGGAGUGAGGGGCAGAGACCUUCUACAGAGGCUCAGCUUAGAAGCUCUUACUCUCCCAGUCCGCACAAGGACCACAAGGCAGCACCACUGAGAGAAGACCCUUGGGUCACUCAGGAGAACCAUAAGAUCUCUUCUCAAAAGACACCCAUGCUCCACAGUCUGUCUCAGGAGAGUAGAAGCCUAGUUCAGGAGAGUAGGAGCCCCAUGCUUCAUUCUCUAUCCCAGGAAAGUAAGAGCCUGGUGGAGAAGAAUCACCCUGCUAUGGCACCACCACCACCAUCCAACGGCGGGGGGGACAACAACCACCCCAUACAGGAGGCUUUAACGGACAACACGGCAACGGGCAAACUGGCGAGACGCAGCGACCGAUACGCCACCACCCUCCGCAACGAGAUCCAGCUAAAGAGGGCCCAGCUGCAGAAAAGCCGGAGCGCGGCCACCCUGACCUGCCCCAGCGAGACGGAGGAGCCAGAGGAGGAGGAGACAGACCCGGGUGGGUGGAAGUCCACCUCCACCUCCUCCUCCGACGGCUCCUUUUCCUCCUCCUACAAGGACCACCUCAAGGAGGCGCAGGCUAGGGUCCUCCAGGCCACGUCCUUCAGGAGGAGAGACCUAGAACCUCCCGGUUCAGGGUCGGAGGCUCAGUUAACCAAACCCAACUCACACAUAGUCUCCCGCAUCGGCGGCCGCAAGCGUUUCCCUCUGAACAAGAGGGUCCACUCGUUCUCCGAGCCAGACAAGAUCAACAAGCUGGGAGUGGAGGGUGAGGUAGAACUUCCCGUUGGAACAGCACGGUCAUUUGUAGACCGGCGGAAGUUCUUUGAAAUGGCUGCUAAACCUGCCUUCUGCAGACCCAUCUCAACCAUCCACAAGUCAGGCCAGCAGAGCUCCAGCACCACCUCCAGCACUGGGGAGCACGGAGAGAGCAAGGCCAGAGGGAGAGCCCACUCAGGGGACACUGAGGAGGGCUGGAGGCCGGGCCUGGACAGUGAGAACUCCAGUGACCAGCACCCAGACCCCCUCAGCCCCGCAGGCAGACAGGCCCUACUGGAGCAGCAGAGGCUGGGGACCUUCGCUGAAUACCAGGUCACCUGGAACAUGCAGAGGAAGGCUUCAGACACAAAGACCCAGGGGAGGUACCACUCUGCCGAGAACAUCCUGGACCAGGGAACAGAGGAGACGCCUGUCUGUGUCCAUGAGAGGUCCAGAUCAUCUCCCUCACAAGACUUCUACACACAGAAGAUCCCUGUGCCAUGGAGAGACUCUGUUGACUGGUGCAGUAACGUACAUCCACAUUUUGCCUCUCCUGUUCUGUUUGACAGAGGGCAGAGCGAGAGCCGAGACAGAGAGCAGCCCGACCAGUUCCCACAGCCUCCACAACCGUCUAUUCCAAGACUGACGGACACAGAACCACAGAGCAGCAGAGACGUGGCCACCCCCACCCCCCUCCCUCUCCCUCACCCCUCUGACCACAGACACAAACGUGACUCUGCGGACCCCGCCCACAACCUCCCCGCUCUCCCCCCGUACCCCUCCAACCACACCCACAGCUCUGUGUUUGAGCAACCGCCACCACCUCCAACGCCUGCUCCCAAGCCCCAGAAUACAGGCCUCAUCAUCAUGCCACAUUGGCCUCUCCUAGGCCUGGAAACCUCCUCAACCACAUCCUCCUCCUACGGACACUCUUCCCAGGAAUUCCUGCCUGGUCCUGGCUCCCAUCAAGCUGACCCAGUAGAACCAUCAUCCAGCAGCAUCUGCUCUCCCCAUGGCACAGAGCUGGAUCCUGCCCCAAACCAAGCCUCCUCCUUGGGCUCCACGCAGCUCCCCUCUCCCACCCCGGGGAGAACCGCUGGACUGGACACAGAGGAGGAGGAGGGAGCAGCUGAUUCAACACUAGAGCCACCCUCCUCCUCCUCUUCCCACUCUCCUUUUUUCUCCUACCAGCCUCCCAGUCUGACAGUUCCCUCUUCAAAUGGGACUAGUUCUCCUUCUCCUCAGUUUGCUCCUCAGAGGCUGACGGACCAGCCCCCGGUCUCUGUGUCCAUGCAGGAUGAAGCCCAGAGCAGGCCAGAGAACAGGACGAACGCUGUGAUGGAGAUGAGCAGUGUAGGGAAGAAGGUCCCUGUGAAAAUCGUCCACGCUGAGAGCACCACAGAGAGGCAGAGCCGCCAGUACCUGCUUCACAGUGAGAGAAAUGGGGCCCCUGGAGUUUCAGAGGGGCCCGACCUUCCCCCACCCCAACCGACCAACCUGCCCUCCCCUGAGCCGCAGCCCUACUCCCUGUUCCGUGCCUACACCCCCUACACACGCCAUCGGCCCCAGAGUCCCCAAAGGGACCCAACCCUCACUGUAGCCCCAGAAGAGGCCCUGUCCCCUGGGCAGUCUCAGACCAACGGCCCCUCCGGUACCUCCACCAUGGGUCCCCAGCAGCCUCAGAAGAGUAACUCGGAGGAGGAUGUGAAGAGAGAGGAGCUGGCCAGAGACAUCAUGGACAAGGACAAGUCUCUGGUGGACAUCUUGGACCAGAGUAAGAUGAAGACCACCAUGGAUCUGAUGGAGGGGAUCUUCCCCCAGGGGGAGCAGAUCCUGGAUGGGGGGCACCAGAGGAGAAAAGUCUCCCCCAAACAGGGAUUGCCACCCAGGGGCAUGGAUGACAGGAGAGAGGAGGAGGGCCUGUCUGCAGCCACAGGGUCCCUGGUGACCAGCUCCUCCUACUACAGUACGUCUGCCCCCAAGGCUGAGCUGCUCAACAAGAUGAAGGACAUGCAGGAGGACGAGCUGGAGGAGCUGGAGCAAGACUCAGAGGACGAACUGGACAUCAACCUGGCCAGCAAGAAGCAAGAGCUGAUUGACAGCCUGAGUAAGAAGCUUCAGGUGCUGCGUGAGGCCAGGGAGAGCCUUCAGGAGGACGUCCAUGAUAACAACUCUCUGGGGGACGAGGUGGAGGCCACGGUGCAGAGGGUCUGCAAGCCCAACGAGCUGGACAAGUUCAGGAUGUUCGUGGGAGAUCUGGACAAGGUGGUCAGUUUGCUGCUGUCCCUGUCCGGCCGACUGGCCAGGGUGGAGAACGCGCUCAACAGUCUGGAGGAAGACACCACACCAGAGGAGAAGCGCACCCUGUCAGAGAAGAGGAAGCUGUUGAUCAGACAACAUGAAGACGCCAAAGAGCUCAAGGAGAACCUUGACCGGCGGGAGCGCCUGGUUUACAGCAUCAUGGCUGCUCACCUCAGCCACGAGAGCCUGGCAGACUACCAGCACUUUGUCAAGAUGAAGUCAGCCCUCAUCAUCGAGCAGCGCAAGCUGGAGGACAAGAUCAAACUGGGAGAGGAGCAGCUGAAAUGUCUGCUGGAUAGUUUAUUGUUGGAGCAGAGGAUGCUGUUCUGAUGAUGUUUAGUGCAAUCUGAGAUCCUUGGAACGUCCCUACCCUAAACCUUAACCUUAACCCCUACCCUAACCUUAACCCUUACCUAACCUUAACCCAUACAUUUCAACUUCAAUAUGGUGACGUCAGAGCUGGGACGUCCCAAGGAUCUCGUUUAGACUUUUCCUUCUGACAAUGGACACACAGAGGCGAUGUGGUGUACUGACACAGACUGGCCACUAGAGAGCCUCAGAGAGGCGCGGGUGGACUUGAUAUGACAGAGGAGACUGUGUGCUGUUUGUAGUUAACUGACUUGAAGCCUGUUACAUUUCAGUUCCACACUACAGACAGGAGCUGUUUUUCUGUGCUGAAGAAACACCCUGUUUCUGGAUUUAAAGUAGCUCCUUAGAGGAAAUUCAUUAAGAUCGAUGAAACUUUGCUUUGCUAAAUGUGUUUGAUUCAGGGAUGUUGGUGAGGCCUCAUGGUGAGGCCUGUGCUCUCAAAUGAUUCUCAAGAUGAGGCGGCGCGUCUCUGUUUUAUAUAAUGCGUGUUUGAAAUAUGUUGUUUUUAGUAAUUUAUUGUAGCCUUUUAAAUAUUUACAGAUGACAUUGACAUUUCAGGUAAACUCACCUAUAAACCUACUUUGUAGUUCAUUACAAUACAAAUUGUAUAUAUAUUCUUAUUGUGAAGUAUAGGUUUUAUAAUUAGAUCAUUAACUGGGGUUUUCCUCUCUGGGACAGUGCUGGUUUGGUUCAGAAGUCUAAAGUUAUUUUCAUAUUUGCCUAAACAGUACUUGUCUUUCAUAUCAUCUUACACACAUCACUAAUAGCUACAGCACAGAUGGGUAUGUUUUCAACCAAUCUUGUUCUCAGGCCCCACUUCCCGUACUAUAGUAUGGUAUUCCUUGACAAUGUUUAUUGGUUACUGGUCUUUUUUAUUCCAAAAGUAUAAAAAGGUAAUUAAACAUUUGAAAUCAGUUGUGGGCGGCAGGUAGCCUAGCGGUUAGAGAGGCCAGUUUGAAUCCCGGGUCCGAUGGGAAAAAUCUGGCGGGAAGUGAGCUGGCAACCGGAGUGUUGCUGGUAUCAAAUCCUAGAUGUCAUUGCAUGCCAUUGUGCCCUUGAGCAAGGCGCUUAACCCCCACAACAAUAGCACCCCGGGCGCCUAGUGUGGCACCCCCCCGCACCCCCUGCAAAACCUGUAUAUGUAUGUCUUUUGGAGGAGUUGGGUUAAAAGCGGAAGUCAAAUUUUGCAAUCGACCAAUAGAGUGAUCUUAAAAUCAAGAUCAAGGACCGAAUUAGCACUUUCUAGUCCCAGAAUUCCCCUGUUUAGGGACCUAUCUCAACCUGACGUUGUGCCUGGGCUUCUGCCACUGUGAACACUAAAGGAUUUGAAUGUACACUAAGUAUGUGUAUACUUUGUAUAACCGUGCAAACAUGCAUUGUACUCUCACAUCAAUUUGAAGACAAUAAACAGUAUGACUGAU